AAUCGCUUCGCAUUCACGCACUCACCGAGUCCUUUCACAAUGUCCCAUCAUCACAACUUGACCCUCGACCAUUGGGGCUCCUCAACGCCAUUAUCUUCUCCUUCAUGAGAAGCUCUUCAAUUAUAUUUUAAUGUUCCCCCAACGAACCGGCCGAAUCUGACACCGCCCGCCUCUGAAACGCGUUCAAGAGAAAAGUCGGUGAAAUCGCGCUGCAGACCGUAUAAAAUUCCGUAUUGUACCCAUCAAACGAGCGCGCCUCCUUUGCUGGAACGAUCGGGGCCUGCGGAGGGGACUGUUGAUGUCUUGCAGCUCAAGCUCUGGAGCUCGACAGUUGCCCGGCUUGCGAGAAGCUGGUCUUUGCUCUGGUACAACAUAAUCUGUUGGUCUUUUUCUCUUCGGAGUGGACUGUAAAGGGAACUUGCUCCGGCUUGCAGCUCAGUUCUGGAGACGGAGCGAGUUUCUUGUCAGAUAACGCUGAUUCUGGGGGUUGGCGUGUUGGUUGUGUAGGUGAGUGCUGUUCUGGAUUGUCGCUAACUGCUAGAAUUGGACAUGGCGACGUUAUCGAGUCUCGAUGUGAAUAACAUUACGCCUGCUGUUGUUACGUGGCGAUGGAUCAAUGAGACGCGUUUUUUGGUCGGACCAGAUCCUCAGAUCAGAGACAUCACCAUCACGACUCGCUUCGACAGUCAAGAAACGUUGUUCGACCUCAACAUCCCCAUCCGGCUCAAGGGCAUCAAGACGGGCACGUUCUUGAUUGUUAGAGUCCUUCCAUCGUCGAUAUCCUCCUUCGACUUCAUCGAGGCCCCAUCAGUUCCCGAUGAAGUGCGCGACAAGUUCCACUCGAGUACCCUCCUCCUCGACUUUCGACUGAACCAACGCCCCAAACUCCUCGUCUCCGUCGACGCUGAUGAACCGUUAUCUCCCCAACGGACACAAUCGGGUGCUGUUCUCGAUGCCCUUCGUGAACUUGCAAACGUCACUGUGUUCUCCGUCUACAUCGCAAACUCAGCGACGUCCAAGGCGCAGCUCCAACAGAUCCGUCACGCCAUUAGCGAUGGUCUGUUCCUCUUCAUCCAAGAUGAUCUCACCACCAUGUUUCGCGGCACCGGGGGUAAGGUCGUCACCCUCCCAUCUUCCACACAAUUGCCGCCGCCCGCCUACGAUGAAACUGAGCCUCCACCACCUCCCGCUCCAAUUUAUGAUCGAAAGCGACCGCGGAAAGACGAUCGUGAAGAACGAGAUGAUGACAUCGCGUUGAUCUGGGCGAAGCUCGAGAUGAUACAGACGCGGCAUAGCGAAGAGCUGUAUGCGCUUCGGGACGAGAACAAGGACCUCAAGCAAGAGAUCAAUGAUCUGCGCGAGCGAUUGAUCGAGUCAGAGAGGAAGCGUCAAGACUUGGAAGAAGAGUUCGGGUCGUUGGCUGGAUUGACGAGUGAGAGGGUCAAAGAGUUGGAGGAGCAUACGGACGUUACGUUCUCAGAAGUCUGGCAGGACAUGGGCGAGUUGACUAGCGAGGUCAAUGCCAUGAAGCUGCGGAUUGAUGAGGAUGAGUUGGCGAAUAGAGUCAAAUUCAGAGUUGUGGAUCACAUCACGGCGAGUCUAUCUCGAGACAUGCCACCGGAUGAUUGAUGAUUCGGUGAUGGAUCAGACAUAUGAAGCAAUGACACCAGUCGAGUUCAAGCGGUCUCGGUAACCUGACUGGCCCUUGUUGCGGCUAUACUCUCCCAACAGACCAGCGUGCCAAUGACGGUGCGCCCAGACGGCAACAAGAUCAAACCCUCGCAGUAUCUUGGGCCACCUUUGGUGCAGUGGCAGUGGCAUUGGCCUUUGCCUUCCUCGCUGCGACGGACACCAUCCCAAGUGACUUGACUCGUGGAUGGACAAUGGUCUCGGGUAUGGCAACCACGCCCUCACCAUCUUACAUAUUUAGCGUAGUGCAUCAAUCCAUCCCUGCGAGCAAAUGCUCUCGCUUUCACAGCCCUUUCAGUCCCAUCUUGACAUGUAUCUGCAUUUGAACGCACACCAUUUCUUGAACUACCUUGCCUCAACCCAAUGUGACCGCCAUUCAUGUCGUCCAACGACCAUGUCUCUUCAAGUGUAUACAUCACGCGACAUCGCAUUUACGGAUGCUAUAUACCAUCAAUACCCACGUCUUGUGAUUGUGAUGGAGCCGAAAGCCGUCAUCCAAGCUCUUCGAAUCAAUCCGUUUCACCUUGCGCCGCUGAACGAUUGUGAAAUGCAUCUUGAUCAUGAUACAGGCCAAGCUCAAGCUAUUCCGAUCAUGUACUGCCAUCGUUGCGAGCAACUCCAUCACGAA